AUGGCGUCCGCCAGCGGCAGCUCCUCGUCGGCGAGGGGACGGGCCGCCGCUCCUCGUCGCCGUGCCGCACUGUCUCCGUCGCCGCCGUACGUCGCCGUCGCCGCCGGGGUUGGCAUGGGACGACACACAGAGCUUCGUGAUGCACGCACCGUCGAACACCAUUUCGCGGCCGGCGGUGAGCACGUUCCGUCGCUCCCACCUCCACGUCCCGCGCCCCCGCGCGACGGCGUCCACCGUCCACCGCCCGCCCCGUGCGCUGCCUUACGCUGCCGGCCGCCGCGCCUCGCCCGCCACCUGCAGCCGCCUCCACGCCCGCCACCCGCCUCCGCCGCCGCCCACCGCCCGCCGCCGGCCUCGCCUCCGUGCCCGCCAGCCAUGGCCUCGGCGCCCGCCUCCGGCCUCGCCUCCGCUCCCGCUGCCCCCAGCCGCCUCCGCUCCCGCCGCCCCCAGCCGCCUUCCCCCGCCCGCCGCCCUCAACCGCAUGGCGCCGGCCUCGGCUCCGCGCCCGCCAGCCGCGGCCUCGGCUCCGCGCCCGCCGCCCCCAGCCGCCUCCGCUCCCGCCGCCCCCAGCCGCCCUCAAUUGGAUGGAUGUACGGCGGCGGCGUGGUGACAGGGUUCCGGAUGCAUGCGCGCGGGUGGUCGUCGGCGUACUGCUCACCGGCGAGGCUGGCGUUUAGGAGCUACACGCGGGCCAACCCCACGGACCGGCUGGGCUACGUGACCCGCGUCGCCUACCCGCUCGCCUCCCUCCUGCUCACCGUCUACUGCGUGCUCCCGGCCGUCUGCCUCCUCACCGGUAAGUCCACGUUCCCCGGCGACGUGAACUACUACGACGGCGUCCUCCUCAUCCUGCUGCUCUUCUCCGUGGCCACGUCGGUCGUGCUCGAGCUGAGGUGGAGCUGCGUGCCGCUACGGGCAUGGUGGUCGGACGAGAAGCUCUAG